CACAGUUUACAAACAUAUGCAUAUGGUGAUGUGAAGGCAGUUUGUGUAUGUGGGGCAUUUGUAUAUUUGUGUUGCAGUGCAGCAAAUAAAAAGAAAACGUAAUUCCAAAAAUAAAGUGUAACGAAAUUAAGUAGAGGGCUCUACUCACUGCACUCGCAGUCGUCAGCGGGCCAACAACAUAAAAGUUAGUGGGCCCAACAAUAAUUUCGAAGCCACACAAGGAAAAUAUUGAAGACGACGUUGAUAGUUUUGUGUUGUGCAUUUGUUGCUGUUGUCGUUGCUGUGACUGUUGCUGCUGUUGCAGGUGUGAUUAGUUGGCAUGUCCUACUUUAUGCACAGCGCCAGCAGCGAUUUAGUUAAUCUCAAUGUGGGCGGUCAACGCUUCUCAACUUCCAGACAAACGCUUACGUGGAUACCGGACACAUUCUUUACGGCGCUGCUGAGCGGUCGCAUCUCAAGUCUGCGUGAUGAACACAACGCCAUCUUCAUUGAUCGCGAUCCGACGCUCUUUUCCAUUAUUCUCAACUACUUACGCACUAAGGACAUCGACAUCAAGCAUUGUGAAAUACGCGCGCUGCGUCAUGAGGCGGAAUAUUAUGGCAUAACUCCAUUAACUAAACGUUUGGCGCUCUGCGAGGAUCUCAAUCAUUCCUCAUGCGGCGAUGUUUUGUUCUAUGGCUUCCUGGCAGCGCCUGCUAUGCCGCCUAAUGAUGCACUGCAGCAGCAACAACAGCAGCAGGAAGCUGCCAUGGAAUCACGUCCUGGUUCCAUGGUGCGCGUGCCCGAAACAUCGUCCGCCUCGGCAUCGCGGCAUUCAUCAACACAUUCACGCAACUCUUCGUGGGAUUUGCGCUGCGGUCGCGCCAACAACUCAAGUGGCGCCUCCAGCUCCAAUACCGGCGGCUGGAAUGCCAACGGAGGCGCCAGCCAUUCACGCAAUGCUUCACUCGAUUUUAUGCGGCAUUCACGCAACUCCAGCGCGGAUCUAAACAAAGUAAUACGCAAUGAAGUGGGACUUGUCUUUAGUCCCACUCAGAGCUCCAACUGGACGCCGCCAUUGCGAGUGCAACUUAUUAAAGCACAUCAGAAUUGGAUUGCUGUGGCGUAUGCGCAUUUUGUGACCUGUUAUCGUGUCAAGGAUUCCAAUGGCUGGCAACAAGUGUUCACCUCACCGCACAUCGAUGCGGCCAUCGAACGCAUUGCCAUCAACUCGAAGGUGAAUACAUCGACAGCUGAGCCGCUGCCCAGCAAAAUGAUUGCCAUCUCUUAUGGCAGCCAGAUACGAUUGUGGAGCAUUCAAGAAGGUGGCAACAAGACCGACAUUGGCACCUUUAAUCUGCACGUGCGUGUAGAGUAUUUAUUCUUCAUUGGCAGCCAACUGGUGGCGUUGUCCUCCUCGGGCAAGAUUGGCGUCUGGCACGCCAUGACACAACACUGGCAAAUCCAGGAUUUGGUGCCCGUUUUAUCCUUUGAUUCGGCUGGUUCGUUUCUACUGCUCGGUUGCAACAAUGGUUCGAUUUACUACAUUGAUAUGCAAAAGUUUCCAUUGCGCAUGAAGGACAACGAUUUGCUGGUCACCGAACUGUACAAGGAUGCCAACAUGGAUCCCAUUACUGCUAUAUCUGUGUAUCUAACACCCAAGACAUCAAGUAUUAGUGGUAAUUGGAUUGAGAUUGCUUAUGGCACCAAGUCGGGAGCGGUGCGCAUUAUAGUGCAACAUCCGGAGACGGCGGGACAUGGGCCACAUCUCUUCGAGACAUUCUUUGUGCAUCAGAGUCCCAUUACAAAGGUCAUGUUAUCCGAGAAGUAUUUGGUCUCCGUUUGCAGCGAGUAUCAUCAUGUGCGCACCUGGAGUUUGACACGUUUUCGCGGCAUGCUGUCAACGCAACCGGGCUCCACACCGGAGGCCAGCUUCAAGAUCGUUUCCCUAGAAGCCACCGACAGCAAUUACAGCUAUGCGGCUGGCAAUGAUUUCGGUCCCUAUGGCGACUAUGAUGACAUGAUCUUUGUGCAGAAAGUUGUGCCCGAAACGAAUCAACUCUACGUGCGCUUGGCUUCGAAUGGCGAUCGUGUUUGUGUUGUGCGCUCCGUGGAUGGCUCCACAAUCUCGGCGUUCUGUGUGCACGAGUGCGAAGUGUCGUCGCGUAUGGGCUCGAGAUUUAUAUUAACCGGACAUUGUAAUGGGGCGAUACAAAUGUGGGAUUUGACAACGGCGCUGGCGCUGGCGGCCAAGGAUGAGCCACAGCAGAAAACCUCGGGCGGACCCGACACCAACGAGCUUCUCCGCCUACUUGACCAGUGUGAAAUCAGCAAUUCAUCAUGCUCAACACCUUGUAUGUCGCCGUGUCUCUCGUCUCUUAUGGGGGGAGGAGCCAACGGCGGCGGCAUGGCCAUCCAUAAUCCCAUUGCCCGAAUGAAAGCCAGCAACAUAGCGCUGCUCAAUCGUGAAUCACAACAGCAGCAGCAGCAACCACUGCAAGCGCAACCACCAGCAGGAGCGCAGUUGCCUCAGGUGGCACAGGCAGCAAUGCCUGUUGUUGUCAUGCCACAACAACAGCAGCAUCAGCAGCCACAAGUGCAACCUGCUGUGGCAGCAUUGGCAGCUGGUGUGGCAGCGCAACCGGGCGAGAAUGAAUGAAACGUGGAAGCGGCGUUUUCGGCGCUUGUCGGGCGCGUUUCAUCUUUUACACUGCAGCGUUGCAGCUUGAUCUUUGAUUAUCAAUUCAUAUUCCUGCAGUUUGUUCUCUGCGCCAUCAUCUACAUUUGUGUAAUGCGCUCACGUGCCUCCUCCGCCUCCGUCUCCGUCUCUGCCUCAUCGUCAUUAAGUGCUGCGGCGGCGGAGGCGGCACACAAAGCGGGAGACGAGGCGCAACAGGGAGAUGAUGGUUGACUUUUUAAACUGACUGCAUCCGGCAGCCGGCAUUUACACGUAAAAUGAAAUAAUCUCCCAUUAUACAUAUAUACUACAUUAUACUAUUACUAUUAUUAUUAUUAUUGUGCUCGAUGUGGUUGCGAAAUGCAAUUUGAUGCGCGUCAUGUUAUUAUCAUGUCUGUGUGUGCUAUUGUAAGACCCGUAAAAAAGUAUAAAGUAAACCGUAAACAUAAUCGUAAUUGUAAUUCAUAAAAUCGUAAUGAGUAAUGAGUAAUGCGUAAUCUGUAAAGGCAACAAAAACUAAAUAAAAUACGUAUGCAAACA